GAACUAACGGUUAUGGGAAUUUAGAACUUCUCCCCUGAGGAGGGCGGCAUGGUCGCCAGUGUCUCCCUCUCCAUCGCCCAAGGGCUUCAACCUUUAGCUGGUGCCCUAAGGGAGUGACGGGCAGGGCCUUCAGUCAGCCGCUCUCCACGGGGCGCCCUGCGAGCUUAAUAGGGUAAAAUCUAUGAAGAUAACAAACAUACAAUCACUCCUGAUUCAACACGACAGUAAGGCAAGAAGGUUCUAAUUCCUUAACUCUCCAUCAGAGCAUCUAACACAAUCCUAAAUCCUAAUAGCCGUGCCUUACAUCCUAUUACUGAGAUGCCAUGCGAUUCACUGUGAUGUGCAUUCUCCAUUUCUCCAGUGAGUGAUGAUCACAGCCUGUUCAGCUUGCAGGAAUUCUUGGUGGUUUUUGGCUAAAGUGUGUUAGCAAUCCUUUCUGUGUUAUCUGUACCAUCUGAUUCUAUGGCAUGGAAAGCAUGCUGUUAGGUAGAAGAUAGACAUGAGUAGUGGAGCUAGGAAGAGUGGUCCUAGAAGACAGCCCACAACAUCUUCCUGUUUGUACAGCCUAAUAAUCCCAAACUACAAGCUUCAUAUCCAUCACCCAGCAGACAGCCUAAACUACUAUGUAUGAGCAAGUAUCUCCAGAUAACAACUGAUAGCUGUUCUCAACUAUAUCCAACUCAUCCCAAAUACAUCCUAUUCUCUGCUCAUCCAGCGUGAGGUCCCCAUAGAAGAUACCAUGUCUGAGUUCAAAUGCCACCAUUGCCGGGAAUCCUUGCAAGGUAAAAAGUAUGUGCAGAAGGAUAACUUCAACUACUGCGUGGAAUGCUUUGAUGCACACUGUGCCAAUAUCUGUGCGGAAUGCAACAAGCCCAUAGGUGCAGACUCCAAGGAGGUGAGUUAUAAGGAGCAAUUCUGGCACAACACCUGCUUCAAAUGUUUCAAGUGCCUUCAACCCUUGGCUACUGAGACCUUUGUAGUCUGGGACAACAUGAUCCUGUGCAAUAAUUGUGUCAGUCAACAGGCCCUCUCCAAGUGCAAAGGGUGCCUCAAGGAUAUUAAGCAAGGAGAGCAGAGUGUGGAAUACAAAGGUACCAUCUGGCAUAAAGACUGCUUUGUCUGCAGCAACUGCAAGGAAGUCAUUGGAACCAAAACUUUCUUCCCUAAAGAUGAGGGAUUCUACUGUGUGGCUUGCUAUGACAUCUUGUUUACCAAGUAUUGUGUGAAAUGCAACAAGCCCAUCACAUCUGGAGGAGUCAGUUACCAGGAUCAGCCCUGGCAUAGUGAGUGCUUUGUAUGUGUUAACUGCUCUAAGGAGCUGAGUGAACAGCGUUUCACUGUUUUGGAUGACAAGAUUUUUUGCGUGGAUUGCUACAAGAACUUUAUAGCCAAGAAGUGUGCUGGGUGCAAGAACCCCAUCACUGGGUUUGGUAAAGGCUCCAAUGUGGUGACCCACGAGACAAAUUCCUGGCAUGACUACUGCUUCAACUGCAAAGUCUGUUCUGUAAAUCUAGCCAAUAAGCACUUUGUGUUUCAUCAAGAGCAGAUAUACUGUCCUGAGUGUGCCAAAAAGCUAGCUUGACAAGGGCUCCUAUCCUGUAAAAUGGCAUUUGAACCAUGCUUUUUGUCUUUCCUGUUUCUGUGCUGCACCAACCACAGGGGAUGAGUGAGCUUUCACCUCUGUGGUGCUACUCCUCUGUCUUUUCUGACAUGUUAUAGUAUUACUCAGCUAAGAACACACAGUGAUUGCAUUAGGAUUCAACAACCUUGCAGCACAGAAUCAUGUCUCUGUUGUUGCAAUGGAAAACAAGUUAGAUUGAGUCUACCAUGUGAGAUCAGAAAAGUGCUAACCAUAUAGCCACAUGAUGUGAGAAUCAUAGGCAAUAAACCUUCCACUGAGAUGUUCCAGAAAAUAAACAUUUUGAACUUA